GUUGUGCGAAGCUCGUGGUAGUAGUACGCCGUGGACGCUCGUCCAAAAAUCAAAUAUAUAUCAUCAUGAGUGAGACACAGAGCAAGAAAGACCUGGGAAAUGGCAAGGCCGACAAGGGAGACGUCAAGGGCACCAAACGUGCGGCGGAGGACGAGAUCGAAGCCAAGAAGCUGAAGACUGUUAAUGGUGAGGAAGAAGAGGACCUUGGAGAGGAGGAGGAGAACCUGGAGGGAGAGGACGAGGAGGAGCUGGGAGAGGACGACAUCGAAGGAGAGGAGGACGAAGGGGACGAGGAGGACGUAGAAGGCGAGGAGGGUGAAGAGGAGGACGGAGAGGAGGAGGAGGGUGGUGAGGAGGAGGAGGAGGAUGCAUAAUUUGUGUAGCUUCAAUUCAUCUGGACUGACAUGCGGCACGUGUGGCCCGGAUCCGACCUCCAUCGGGGGCCGUGCGAACGCGCGCACAGGAGGGCGGCCUGGGCCGGGGCCGGCCGGAGCCGAUCAGCAGGUGGCCGGACUCGACGCAGCGGCGCCCGCGCGCGCCGGCAGAAUCAAUCGUAUCCAUCUCAGCCAGCCACAGACGAGAUCACAAACCGUCUCACCCCUCGUCUGAGUCCUCAUCUGUGUCAUUGUAACUUAUUCCUUCUCGAUGUGUACAAGUAGAGAGGCGUGUCGUGUAGCACAGCGCCCGGGGGUGCGCAGGAGUACGUCCCGGUGCGCCGCGCAUGCCGUCCGGUCCGGAUGGGUGGUGUGCCGCGGGCAUCGUGCUUCUGCAUGGACCUGGGUGCGGGUCGUGUUGGUGUUUGGGUAUUGCCACACGGAUGGCAUAAUGCUGAAGAGAAAGGAAGUCGAUUCCUUCUCCCGACACGGUCAAUGAAACACCACGUUUCCCCGCUUUCCAUCGGUUGCUGAAUAUUGGAACUUGUUGCUCCAGACGGCAUCACUCAUCAUUUUACAUAAACUUCAGGAUCACAAUGGCUUUUAAUUCUAUGAGAAGAGGAGACUAAAUGACAGGUAUGCUGGUGUGUUCUCUACGAGUGACGUCAGUAAUACCGGGGGGCGCCCCCGGAUCUCAACGCUGGUUUGUCCGCACGCUUAGGAACGUGUGAGCGUCUGCAAUUAUUACAGUACCGUUUUUUAAUAAAGCCAAAAAUGUCGA